GGUGUUACCGUCGCACCCUCGUCGCCAGAGGCGGGGGGCGCGAGUCACGCCACUUGACCCCGACCGCACUUAGGGCUUCUCUCAGGCGACUCGGACUCGGACGUGGCAACUGACCCGAGUGCAAAGGUCACCUCGCGAUUCAUAGAGAGAGGUCGCAGCAUGUUUCCGUGCAGUCAAGGGUGCCCUUUUAUGAUAAGACGCACGACGACGACGACGACGUUUUGACGGCCGCUGCCACGUACGAUGCGUACCCUUGCCGGGAAAAAGCGUUUCCCUCCUUUCGUUCCCCUCCGAGACUCGAGACUAGCUUGCGACUCGCUCCCGCUUCGCAUCUGUGCUGUGUGGCGAGUGUGCUGUGUGGUCUCUUCAGGUCUUCUUCUGAGCCUCUCGCCUCAUCUUCUCCACGGCUCCAGUCAGAGAACGCCCAAGCCAUUAAGUGACACUCGAUCGCGUGUGCUGCAAAGCAUCAUGGGAAGCCGCCGCUGCCGCGCGGAGGACGGGCGGGAGGAGAAAGAUCACAGCAGUUCUUCUUCCCUCCAGCAGAGGGCGCCGUGCACAGCCAUAACGCAGCAGGUGGCGAGCAGGAACAGGACCACCUCUCUGCUGGAAGAGGUCCCGAUCACGCGCCCUCUGCAGGCCUCGUGCGCACACUGCAUGUUGAAGUCAAUGUGCGACCGUGUGCGUGUGGCAGCCGGCGUCCGUCCAGGGCGACCUCGAAGCGUCUUCGCGCGAACCCGAGACGACGGCUUCCUUCGCCAACAAGAAAAUGCACACUUGUGGCAGAACCUUCACUUCCUGCGCCUCAGGCAGCAGCUCGCCAAGUACGCACACGCAACACACGCCACGCGCGGCAGGCGAUGUCACACGUGUUCUUUCAGGCCGUGGGGGUCAGCAGCUACUUCCGGACGUGGCCCGUGCACAUCUACCGCCUUCCCGUCCAGCCGGCCAAUCGUCGAGCUCGGAAACGGGGCGAAGAGAAGAUGAGCGGGAGAGGCGAUUGACGGGUGAAACGGCCGAUCGCCCGACACGCGGGAUUGAAACUGUCGACAGCAAUCCGAGUUGUGGAGCUGACCCCGCCCUUCUGGUCCCGCCGCCACAGUGAAGAAGAUGUCAGAAGUCAUGUUUGUGGAUAAUGUGAACGUGUUGAGGGAAGAGAACGAUUCCUUCCUUUUCCAGUAUCACGAUGGAAGCGAAUUGUGACGUCGACGGGCGGUUUGUGAUACAGGCAGCGGCACCCGAUGAUUGAUUGUGAUGGCCACGUGAUGAUGUCUUGAAUUUUCUUUCACCCCGUUUUUGCGGUCUUACAGCAACCUGACAUGGGACGACAGAUGGAAACCGGUCUACGGCUGUGAUCUGGCAUACGGGGCCACCACACAGGAUUCGCACUCCUUCGCCUUUCCCACAGUUGGCUAUGUUGCAGACUUAUUCUUAAAAAAAAAAACAAAAACAAAUCGAAUAUCCCAUCAUGACAAAGUCAAAACAUUUUCAGACAUUUGUGUCAAUGUAUGAAAAAUGUAAGCAUUCAAACAUAAUGGGUACGUAUAUCGCGUUUCCGGGUGUGAGUGACAAGUCGGGGGGGUAAACAAGGGUGUUUAUUGCAGUACAGCAUCGAAUGGCAAUCAGGUAAGCGUGUGGGAGGGUGAUGCAAGAUGGCUCCCAGCAGGGUGCGCGUGGACGCCACAAAGAACACGUGGCGGUCAACAUGAGGUGCAAGACCGCGGAGACGGCGUCUGGAACCAGCGGCAAAUGGCCGACGUUCGGCAGAUGGGACCACGGACCAAUCGGACGGCGGCGAUUCCACACUCCCUUUUUUGAAACAUGGUAAAAGUCGGGGGCAAGAACAGAUCGCUCGGUUCAGUCGGCGCCGUCUCCGCUGAGGCUGGGAUAAGCGGCGCUGCUCCUGACUCCUCUGUCAGGAAUAAAUCGCUUGACUUUGAA